AUGAAGAAGGUAUUGAACACAGCAUCAUCAUCCUCUACCCCUUCUUCAAUCAUGAUCACGAAACUUUUUGAUCAAUUUAAUUUUGUAAAUACCUUUACCAAACAAGUGAUUGGAGAGCAUGAGGCUCCUAUUACUUCUUCAUCAACCAACAAGACAACACAUCUCGUCGGAACCACUCAAUCACGGCAGGUUCCUCAUGCCAUGUAUUCCUUUGUUCAUCCAACACCGUUAGAAUUACCUGAAUAUGAAUAUGAUCACUCGACUGGAAAGCUUACUUUGGAUCGAUUCAAUAGACCCAAACACUCAACCACGAAUAUUACUUCCAAGUCAUCAUCCCAAGAAGAAGAUGACGAUGAAUGGUCUGGCUUUACAAAAUUUGAAUUUGUCAUUGCCAGUAAUGAAGUCGCUCGGGAUUGUUUCGGAGUGGAUUUAUUGGAACAACAAAACCGUUCAAACAAAUCAUUCAUGACUCUUCAAGAUUUAGAACAGAUAUGUGCACAAGAAGAGAAUCGGAAAUUUCCUCAACGUUUGGCCAAUAUUCUCUCUGGUUAUGAAUUACUUUCGAAUACUCAAUAUUAUGCUCAUUGUUAUGGAGGUUUUCAGUUUGGACACUAUGCCGGUCAAUUGGGUGAUGGAAGAGCAAUUAGUAUGGGUCAAAUUGAUGCUUCAUCAUCCUCGAAUGGUAAUACUGGUUCAUCUUCUCCUCGAUUGGUUGAGCUGCAGUUUAAGGGUGCAGGACCAACUCCAUUUUCGAGGAAUGCAGAUGGUAGGGCUGUAUUAAGAUCUUCCAUUAGAGAGUUUUUAGCGAGUGAAUUUAUGAAUAAGAUUGGAGUGGCAACUACGAGAGCAUUUAGUUUGGUUCGAUCGAAGGACAGAGCUGUGUUGCGAGAUGAAUUUUACAAUGGAAAUCCAAAAUAUGAAUAUGGAGCUAUUGUCAUGCGUGUAGCUCCAACGUUUGUUCGAUUUGGAUCCUUUGAGGUGUUCUUAUAUCGAUUUGGACAACAAGAGCGUGAGUUCUAUGAAAAAGAAGUGAAAAAUAUUGACAUUUUAGCGAAAUAUGUCAUUAAGAACCAUUAUUCACAUUUAUUGACUCCAGAUUGUAUAGAUACGAGUACCGGAGAGGUCACACUAAACAAUACCGUUCGAGAAGCAUUUGCAAAGGAAGUGGUAAGACGAACUGCUAAAUUGACUGCCGAUUGGAUGUCGAGUGGUUUUGUACAUGGCGUCUUGAACACAGAUAACAUGUCCAUUUUGGGAGUUACCAUUGACUAUGGUCCAUUUGGAUUUAUGGACUAUUACAAUGAAGACUUUGUACCAAACAAUAGUGACGAUGAAGGACGCUAUCGCUACAAGAAUCAACCUGCCAUUUGUUAUUGGAAUUUACAAAAAUUAAUGAGAGCAUUGAUACCAACCUUCUUACCCGACUCGACUGACUACUUUACCAAGGUCCUCUCCAUUUAUGCUCCACAUUUCGAGCAUUAUUACUUGUUAAAUUUCAGAAAGAAGCUUGGAUUAAUUCCGUAUAAUGUACCCGAAGUGGACACCAAAGUCGAUGUGACUGAUUUCAACAUGUUCCAAGGUGAUAGCGACUCUUUGAGAGAAAAAGACUGGGAACUCAUUGAGGGUUUACUUGUUUGGAUGCACACAUAUAAGGCUGAUUUUACCAACUUUUUCAGAGCUCUCUCUGAUUUGGACAAGAAUAACAACGAGCCCUCAGAGACCUUAAUUGAAACACUAAUGGCCACAUUGGAACCAAGAGUGAAUAGUAGCGCAAGUAGCUGCAGUAGAACCGGUCAAGUUUCAAACACGAAUGUAUUAGAUACCAAUGACUUGGAACUGGCCACUCAAUCACUCAAGCAAAUUCUCACUCAAUACACACAACGUCUCUCUCAUGAAUCCAUGUCACACUUGUCCAACGAAGACAGAAAAUCUCUCAUGGACAAGAUGAAUCCAAGAUAUAUUUUACGAAAUUAUUUAGUACAACAAGUCAUUGAAGCUGCUGAACGAUUCGAUUACGAACCUCUCUACGAGUAUUAUGAUAUUUUGUUAAAUCCCUAUGUGCAACAUCAGGAUCCAGAGAUUGAUCAAAAGUAUGCUGCUAAUGCCCCAGUGAGUGCACGAUGCUUAAAGUUGAGUUGUAGCUCUUAA